GUAGGUCUAUAGUCACGGUUGCAGGUUUGGCUUUAGGCCUGUGGCUUGCCAUUUUGUGACGCCUCGGAACGGAUUUCAGGUAAACAGUCUUUGCUGUUGCUUGCCUGCGAGGACACAAGAAUUAUGUCGAAACGUAGGAUUGAUGUUGUUGACCCUUAUAUCAAAAGAAGAACGAUUGGAUCAUCAUCCAACAAUGUGCCUGCAACUCCAACUGACCCAAAAAAUCAAGUUCAAAUUAAUCCAUACAAUGGACUACCUUAUACGCCACGGUAUCAUGAAUUUUAUAAAAAGAGGAUAACACUACCUGUGUUUGAAUAUCGUGUUGAUUUCAUGAGGCUUUUAGCAAAUCAUCAGUGUAUAGUGCUUGUAGGAGAAACAGGCUCAGGAAAAACAACACAGAUACCACAGUGGUGUGUAGAGUAUUCAAGAUGUAUAGGAGCCAAGGGCGUAGCAUGUACUUCACCAAGAAGAGUAGCAGCAAUGUCUGUUGCUCAAAGAGUUUCAGAAGAAAUGGAUGUUUGUUUAGGUCAGGAAGUUGGAUAUAGUAUCCGUUUUGAAGAUUGUAGUUCUUCAAAGACCAUGUUGAAAUAUAUGACGGAUGGUAUGCUUCUACGUGAAGGCAUGUCUGAUCCUAUGCUCGAAGCAUAUCAAGUAAUUUUACUUGAUGAAGCUCAUGAAAGAACUUUAGCUACUGAUUUACUUAUGGGUGUUUUAAAAGAAGUGAUUAAGCAAAGACCAGAUUUAAAGCUUGUUAUUAUGAGUGCAACUUUAGAUGCUGGAAAGUUCCAACAGUAUUUUGAUAAUGCGCCACUUAUGAAUGUACCUGGUAGGACGCAUCCAGUUGAAAUUUUUUAUACGCCAGAACCAGAAAGAGAUUAUUUAGAAGCUGCUAUUAGAACAGUUAUCCAAAUACAUGUGUGCGAAGAAGUGAGUGGGGACUUACUUUUAUUUUUAACUGGCCAAGAGGAGAUUGAAGAAGCCUGCAAAAGAAUCAAAAGAGAAAUGGACAAUUUAGGUCCCGAAGUUGGUGAACUUAAAUGUAUUCCACUGUAUUCAACAUUACCUCCAAAUCUUCAACAAAGGAUUUUUGAACCUGCUCCUCCAAACAAACCUAAUGGUGCUAUAGGUCGAAAAGUUGUAGUAUCAACUAAUAUAGCAGAAACAUCGUUAACAAUAGACGGUGUUGUCUUUGUAAUUGAUCCUGGUUUUGCCAAACAGAAGGUUUAUAACCCCAGGAUUCGUGUAGAGUCACUUCUUGUAUCUCCAAUUAGUAAAGCUUCUGCGCAGCAGCGUGCCGGUCGUGCCGGCCGCACACGUCCAGGGAAAUGCUUUAGGCUAUACACAGAAAAGGCAUAUAAAAAUGAAAUGCAAGAUAACACUUAUCCAGAAAUUUUGCGAUCUAAUCUUGGUAGCGUUGUACUGCAACUGAAAAAGUUGGGCAUAGAUGAUUUGGUACAUUUUGAUUUUAUGGAUCCACCAGCACCUGAAACUUUAAUGAGAGCAUUAGAGCUUCUUAACUAUUUGGCAGCUCUCGAUGAUGAUGGAAAUUUAACAGAUCUUGGAGCAGUAAUGGCAGAAUUCCCAUUGGAUCCACAACUAGCCAAAAUGUUAAUUGCUUCUUGCAAUCACAAUUGUAGCAAUGAAAUACUUAGCAUUACUGCUAUGCUUUCAGUCCCACAGUGUUUUGUGAGGCCGAAUGAAUCAAAGAAGGCAGCUGAUGAUGCCAAAAUGAGAUUUGCGCACAUCGAUGGUGAUCACUUAACAUUACUCAAUGUCUACCAUGCAUUUAAACAAAAUUUGGAAGAUCCACAAUGGUGUUAUGAUAAUUUUGUUAAUUACCGAUCUUUGAAAAGUGGAGAUAAUGUCAGACAGCAAUUAAGUAGAAUAAUGGAUAGGUUUGCUUUGCAACGCACUUCUACUGAUUUUACAUCGAAAGAUUAUUAUAUAAAUAUCAGGAAAGCCCUUGUUAAUGGUUUCUUUAUGCAGGUGGCUCAUUUAGAAAGAACAGGCCAUUAUUUAACAAUUAAAGAUAAUCAAAUUGUCCAGCUACAUCCAAGUACUUGUUUGGAUCACAAACCAGAAUGGGUGAUUUAUAAUGAAUUUGUACUCACAACCAAAAAUUAUAUUAGAACAGUAACUGAUAUUAAACCCGACUGGUUACUGAAGAUAGCACCACAAUAUUAUGAUUUACAAAACUUUCCUCAAUGUGAAGCUAAGAGGCAAUUAGAAGUUAUUCAAGCAAAACUAGAUUCGAAACAGUAUCAAGAAGGAUUCUAACCUCUAUACAUGUUAGAUAUAUUGAAAUAUCAUAUAACAUGGCUGAAAAUUGUCGAUCAAAUAAUUAAUGACACUGAGAAAGACAUAUAAUUGAUUGGAAUAUCAAAAUCUAAAUAUGUCACAUAACCGAUUAGAAAAUGUGACUUGAGAGUAAUGUUUCUUGCUCUUCAAUUUCAUCUUUAUAAAAUGUGAUGCUAAAAUAGAAUUCAAGGAAAUUGCGACUCAUCAAAAUAUGAAGGGAAGCUUGGAGGAUGCUAUAACAUAAAACAAAAUAUCCGCAGCUUGAAAUAAAAUAGGAAAGAGAAAGGAAAAUAAUUUAAAAUCUAUUGAAAAAUGGAUCGCAAUUAAGACACAAUUGAAUGAUAAAUAAUUAUUUAUGUACAUUUAAUAAAAUCUAGUGGUUAAGUGAUUUUACCAGUAGAAUUUGUUGGAAGACAUUUACACAUUUCGAAUGUCACGCUAGGAAAAAAAAUAGAUUAAUUUUUGUAUUAAAUGUUAAAGGAAUACACCAAACACAUGAUACGUAAACGUAUUACGUUAUUUACGUAAUUAAAGAGAAAUUAAAAAAAAAAAGAAACUACCAUUUUUGUAGCCUGUUUAGCCAGGGUUGCGUCAGAGUUUCUGUCUUGUCUUUGUCUCACUUUUUAUCCUACAAUAUAUGUAGGGAUUUGGAUAUUAAUUAAUUCAUUCAUUGUAAACGUAUCAGUCCCUUUUCCCGUUUUCUCAUAUACGACGUAUUUAUUUAAUUUUUUCUAUGUUAAAAUGUACGGUUGCUGGUAUCAUGCACAAGUGCUUCUCAGUCUCUUCGUGCACAGCUAUGCUGCUGUGGUUUAGUAGUUAUGAAAUAUGUUACAGGGUGACGGACAACGUUACUCUAAAAGCAGUGAGACAUAUAUAGAGGAACUACAAAUAAAUGUGAUAGAUACACUAUUCAAAGGGGGACCCAACUUAUAAUUACAAAUUAU